AUGACAGCCUCGGACCUCGAAACCUGGCUCAAGUCGGACGACGCCAACAGCGCCGGUUGGCCGAAGGACGAUGCCGACGGCGACGGCGAGACGGUGGGCCACGACAGCGGGCGCAAGAUUGUCGAGAUCCUCAAGGCGAACCCGGACAGGAAGGAGGACAAGUACACGGACGAGCAGGUGGAGCACAUGCGUAAGGUUGUCGCAUACUGCAAGCGGCAUCUGGCGCAGGAGGCCAAGGGCAACGAGGAGAAGACGGAUGAGGAGGUCAAGAAGACCAAGUCGUAUGCUUCGCUGAAGAACUGGGGCCACGACUUCCUCAAGGCCGAGGGACGCGGCGGUGGUAGCGACAGUAAGAAGCAGGAUAACAAGAAGAAUGAGAAGAAGGAGAACGGCAAGAAGGAGAAUGGCAAGAAGGAGAAUGGCAAGAAGGAGAAUGGCAAGAAGGAAGAUGACGAGGAAGAAGAUGCUGAGAUGAAAGAGGCCGACGAAGAUGCUCAGGAAGAAGUUGAGGAAGAUGCUGAGGAGGAAGUUGAAGAAGAGGAGGGCGACGGCAAGGAUGACGGAGACGCCAAGGCGGGCGACAAGCGCAAGAAGACGAGCGCACCGAACGGCGCCAACAAGAAACGCGAGACACGCCAAGGCAAGGGAUCCUCGACAAACGGCAACGCCAAGAAGAAUGACGAAGACAAGGCAGACGAGGAAGAGGAGGAAAAAGAAGAGGGCGACGAGGAGUACGUCGAGGACGAAGGUGAUGACGACGACAACGAAGAAGAGGACGCCGGCGACGGAAAGGGCAAAUCGAAUGGCGGCGGCAAGCCGAAGAAGGGUCCCAAGAAGGGUGACACGGUCUCGUGGAACUGGGGCGGCGGCCAGCCCGAGGGCAAGGUGCUCGAUGUCAAGGGCGAGGACACGUCCAUCACGACGAAGAACGGCAACCAGGUGACACGGAAGGGCGACCCUGAGGACCCGGCUGUCGUGAUCGACGCUGGGAAGUCAAAGGCCAUCAAGUCAGCUCACGAGCUCAACUAA